AUUACCGGCCAUAGUCGUCAGCCUUUGUUUGCUAAGUGAGCUCCUCGACCCAAAAGAUCCCGCGAGAAAUGCAGCAUGUGGGCUUCUGCCGGUCCUGAUUUGCAGAAGCCAAGCGGGCAGUUUUGAACUGGAACAGAGUGGGGGUGUGUGCAGGCAAGAGCCCUCGGGUGAGCGCGCCAGCCGGUCAGUGGUGUCACACCUGUCAUGGACAAGAAGAAGCCCCUGAAGCGGCCGCGCAUGGACAACCCGCCACUGGGUGCACGGGGCCCCGUAGCCAAUGGGCCAUUGCAUGCUCGGCCCCUGGUGGCUCUGCUUGAUGGCCGUGACUGCUCGGUGGAGAUGCCCAUCCUCAAGGACGUAGCCACAGUGGCCUUCUGCGAUGCCCAGUCGACGCAGGAGAUUCACGAAAAGGUGCUCAACGAGGCAGUGGGUGCUCUCAUGUGGCACACCAUCACACUCACCAAGGAGGACCUGGAAAAGUUCAAGGCCCUGCGCAUCAUUGUCCGCAUCGGUUCUGGUGUCGACAACAUUGACACAAAGGCGGCUGGGGAGCUGGGCAUUGCUGUGUGCAAUGUGCCGGGCUAUGGCGUUGAGGAGGUGGCUGACACAACACUCUGCCUGAUUCUCAACCUCUACCGGCGCACCUACUGGCUGGCCAACAUGGUGCGUGAAGGAAAGAAGUUUCAGGGUCCGGAGCAAGUACGCGAAGCUGCCCAAGGCUGUGCCAGAAUUCGAGGCGACACUUUGGGCAUUGUGGGUUUGGGGCGUGUUGGGACUGCUGUAGCACUGCGUGCCCGGGUCUUCGGUUUCAACGUCAUCUUCUAUGACCCCUACCUGCCCGACGGCAUUGAAAAGUCACUGGGGCUCAGCCGGGUGUAUACGCUGCAGGACCUGUUGUUUCAGAGCGACUGUGUGUCGCUUCACUGCACGCUCAAUGAGCAUAACCAUCACCUGAUCAACGAGUACACAAUGAAGCAGAUGCGGCCCGGAGCAUUCCUGGUCAACACUGCACGAGGAGGACUCGUUGAUGAAGCAGCACUGGCUGCGGCCCUCAAAGAUGGCCGCAUUCGGGCAGCAGCAUUGGAUGUGCAUGAAAACGAACCGUACAACACCCUUGCCGACGUUUGUUGCCUGCGUGCAGGACCCCUCAAGGAGGCACCCAAUCUGAUCUGUACUCCGCAUGCGGCCUGGUACAGCGACGCCAGCUGUACUGAGUUGCGUGAGAUGGCCGCCUCCGAGAUUCGUCGAGCGAUAGUGGGGCGCAUCCCGGACUCUCUGCGCAACUGCGUCAACAAGGAGUACUUCACGGGCUAUGGGGAUGGCAUCAAUGGCGGUGCCUACAACUACAACCCAAUGGGUGUGCCACACUCGACGACAGCCCUGGAACCCCUGGCGCCCGGCGUUCCCCACUCGACUUCGCACCUGCAGGACUCGGCCAACCACCUGGCCCCCAAGCCUGAGAGCUCGGAGGUGCACUGACAUAUCAUUCCAGGGGCCCCUCCUCCUCCUUCAUUCCUCCUGUCUCGCCGUCUCCUGUGUUGUGUGCUUCCGUUUGACUCCCCCUCUCUCUAGCUAGGCUCUUUUAGUUGGCUGCUUUAGGCUUCCCCCUUCUGCUCGUUCAUGUGUGCAUUAACAUUUGAUGGGUGGCAGUCCCAAAUAAAACUUCGCACCUUUUAACGUCCUGCUGUGUCUCGGUUCCUUCUGUGCCGCCAUAGCAGGCGCCGCUCGGCGUCCUCUCCCCGCUGGGUAGCUGCUUGCGCCUCUUCAGGGUAGCCUUCCUCUUGGGCUGGUUCUUGUGCAGGUCUCAUGGUGCCUGGGGAAGCUUCCCCAUUGGUGCAGAGGGAGGAGAAUCAAUAGUAUACUUUAGGACCACACGUGGCGUUUUGCUUGGCUCUUGCUCUCCCCCCUCUCUCCACCCCCUUCUUUUUUUUUUUUUUUUCUUUUUUGUGCUGCAUUUCAUUCUCUUAGUUGCUGUAGUCAUCCAAGUGGAUAAGUGCUCUGUCCCAGGAAUGUGUGUGACAUCUUCCUGGCUCGCCCUGUGGUUGGGGGUUCACACGGUUCAUAGUUGCUUUUUGUGUUAAUUCCAAUUGGAUUUGUCAAAUUGCCAAAACUUCUGUGCAUUUCAUUAUACAAGUUUGCUUGUGUGAGUGUAGCUGCAUUAAAUUAAAGGUGCAUCCUCAUUACCCGUUCCACUAGUGGGUUAAUCAAAAUUGCACUUUUAUUGGCCGCUCUCAUCAACAGUUGUAUGGUUAGUGUUGUUCUUUUUUUUUUUUUUUCUCCCCUGUUUCUUUUUUAAUGCAUAGUACCGAGGUUGCCAGGGCAUUUACUGAAUGUCCUGCACCGUCAGAGGUGGCACUGGAAAACAAAACCUUACUAGUUGGAAAAGUGCAAUUGUGUUAUGUUAAAACAGGAAAUAUGUGCAUGUCAUUCCUGCCAGACACAGGACAAGGCUGGAAAACCUCAUGCUCAUUACUUGGGCCAUAUGCAGGCAGCUUGUGCCAAGGCUUUUCUUGCAUUUUGACAUAUUGUUUAAGGGAGGGCAAUCUGCUUUUAACAAGUGCCUGCUCCAAGGUGGUGGUGGACAAGCUUUCUGUCACCUUGAAGCUGAAGUUGCUUUCAGAUGGGUGAUACCCAGUGAUAGUUCCAUCACCUCGUGGCAUUCCCUCAGAGCUGUAUUUCAACUCCUUAUGUGGGGGUAAGCAUGCCAGCAUGCCCACGUGUUGGCUCUCGGCAGUCGUUGCUCCAUUGUCGAGGGUGACCUAGCUUUGUGUACAGUGGAAUUAUGCCAACCAUUUCCUCAAUAAAAUGAGCAUUGUUAAUGCAUUCUGAAAUUGGGUCACUCUUCAUGUGGUUUUUUUCAGCCUUGGCCUGUCUGUAUGGCAUAGAGAAUCCUGGCUUUAUCUAAUUUGCUUUUGAAUGCGGAAAUGUGAAAUUUGCAUGGUAACACACCACUGAUGUACAUACAAUACUCCUCACAAAAAAAAAAAAGCAUAGUUCUUGUGUCUGGGCAAAAUUGGGGUUUGCCUUGAUUAGAACACUGAAUGAAUGGAAGUGCAUUUUACCCCAAGACCUUGAACAUUAUAUACAUUAUUUUGUGGUGCUGCUUGUCUUUUUUUGUGUGUGCGCGCGUGCAUGUGUUGUAAUCAACAGUUGCAAAUAUAUCACCUCAAGAAAGAAAAAGCCUUGUUUGCUUUCCACUAUCCUCAUGUUGCCUCCCUUCAGGCAGUGAACAAUUUUUUCAUUUUUCUUUGGAUUUGAUGACCACCUGGCUCCAAGUGAAAUAAAUGGUUGGAAAGCAA